GUUCCCUGUACCUCUAACUGUCAGCACGGAGUUCCAAUUCUUCCGUGGAUAUAAAUUCUGAGCAGUUUCGUGGUGGUUGGCAUCCUACCUGCAAGUUAAUUCAAGUUUACGAACCAAUUGAAGGAAGAUGUUGCACACCAACUUCUCGUUGUUGCUACCCCUCCUUCUCUUCCCCCCCUUUGGCUCUGCAGCAGAACAAAAAGCCUUGAAGGGUGGGAAAGUUAGUCCUCUCAAUGCGAAGUUCGAGAAUUUAGUUCAUGAGACGCUGGAACUGUGGCGUGUUCCUGGAGUAGCAGUAGGUGUCGUCGAUGGGGAUUUGGAAUGGUCACAGGUGAGAAUUUCAGAAUUCAUUUGUUGAAUAGUUUUCCAUUCGAGUAAUGAUUCUUAAGACGAGAACCACAAAUUUAUCCACCAGCUUUAACAUUUAAGAAAUCUAUUCGUCUCUUUCGUCGAUUCCAAUCUUUGUCGUAGCUGUCGACUCAUUGUACGUACUCCACAGCCCUCAACUGGGCGAUUGAGGGAGCAACAAGUAGUCCGUCUGGACCUCAACAUUAGUCUGUUUGAGCCAAUCCAAGUUUUUGAUAAUUUCCAUAUCAUCAAUGCCUCACUUCCGUAGUCCCCGAUCGCAAAUUCUCCCAGCCAUGCUCAUCAUUCAAACCAGGGAUAUGGCAUAGCCACCUACCCUGACACAAAAGUGACACCUUCAACCCUUUUUUACGGUGGCAGCACG